CGUGGUGUCCGCCGUCCAAUCAAGCUGUUCAUCUGGGCGCCGUGCCCUUCCGCUGUCCCGCAGCUCUGCAAAAUGGCGGCGUGCAGAGGGCGGCGGCUGCUGUGGCACGGCCGUUGCUGGUUCUCGCAGGACCCCGCCGCUCCGCCGCCGCCCGCUCCCGCCCCGCUCUACCCCCCCAUCGUGGCGUCCCACACGGCGAAGAGCAAGGCGGCCAGGCGGCGCCGCCUGGAGCUCUUCUAUCAGAAGGUGCACGAGGCUGCCACUAUCGAGGAAAAGCUGCGGCUCUACGGGAAGCUGCAGCGGCCCAAAUACAUGGUUUACCCGCAGACCUUCGCCCUCAACGCCGACCGCUGGUACCGGAGCUUCACCAAGACCGCCUUCGUGCCGGGGCUGCCGCCCAGAGCGCCGCCGGCGGUCGAGAAAGCACCGGGGCCCGGGGCGGGGGCUGCGGAGGCCUUGGAGCAGGGAACGGCAGCGGCCGGGCCUGCGGCAUCGGGGGCUGCGGAGGCCAUGGAGCCGCGAGCGGCGGCACCUGGGGCCGCGACAGCGACGGAGCCCGCUGCCGAAGCGGCGGCAGAGCUGGGCCUGGGCGCGCUGCGUGACCUCGCGUGCGACGCUCUCCUGCAGGAGAGCUUCUAUCAGAACAAGAAGCGGCCGUUCCUCUACCGUGACCAGGACCACACACCCGCGCCUUUCCUCACGCAGCUUGUUUCCUCCCUUGCCGCCUUUCUGUGCAAGCACAACCCGCUGUUGGCUGCCUCCUCUCUGGACCUAAAUCCUGAGGUUAACUAUUACUGGCAUCAUGGUGAGGAAGUUGUUGUUCAUGGACAUCGAAAAGGUAGAGUCGAUCCUGUGCGAUUUCAGAUAGAUGAUAAGCCGCACCUCCAGAUCCGUGUACCAAAGCAGCUUCCAGAGAUUGUGCCACUGGAGUCAGAUCUUGGAGAUGUUCCUGUUAUUGAUCACAAACCAUCCAAACUGCCAUUGUUCAAAAAACAGUAUGAAAACAAGGUAUUUAUAGGAUCAAAGGUAGCAGAUCCAUGCUGCUAUGGCCACACCCAGUGUCAUCUCAUUCCUGAUAAACUGAAUAGGCAGAGGUUUAAAGUAGCAAAUCUUGAGGAUCAGAUUGAAGUUGUUUAUCGAGCUAAUGGUAUUGCAAGUCUCUUUGCUUGGACAGCAGCACAAGCAAUGUAUCAAGGAUUCUGGAAUGAAGCAGAUGUGACUCGUCCUUUUGUAUCACAGGCUGUAGUGACAGAUGGAAAAUAUUUUGCUUUCUUUUGUUACCAGUUAAAUACUUUAGCAUUAACUGCAGAAACAAUUCAGAAAAACUCUCGGAAGAAUAUCUGCUGGGGAACCGACAGUACGCCAUUAUAUGAUAUUGUUGAAGAUGGUAGUGUGAAAGGCUUUAAUGAUGAAGUUCUGCUUCAGUUGGUUGGUUUUCUCUUAAAUAGACCAAAAGAGUUAUAAAUCAUUAAACUAUAUUCCUGUUCAUGUACCUGAACUUCAUUGUAACUCUGAAACAUGGGCUAGAAUAUGCCUUGUUCUUAGCCAAAUAUGUCUAGCAAAUACAGUAUACAAACUUCAUUAUGUUUGAGAAUUAUUUCUUAAUUUUAAAUGUAUUAUACUGUACAAUGAAAAAAUGUCUAGAAUACAUUUGUCUCUUGUACAACUACUAUUAAAAGAAUAUUGUAUCAAA